AUGGCAAGUGAGACAAAUAUAUCACGUCCACUGAAAUUAAAUCUUCUUUCAAUCAGACUUUGGAUUGGAAGGCGACUUUUUGGACGAGUGGGAUAUUCUGCUGUCAGAAUUAGCUCACACGGAAUUAUUAAAGGGCCAUGCAAAAUUGCAGAGCUUGCAGCAUUGAAAUAUGUCUCCAAGCACACAACCAUACGUGUCCCUAAGGUUCUGAACGUCUAUCAUCACCGUGAUGGGCUCUAUAUUGAAUUGGACUAUGUCAGUGGAACAGAUCUUCAAGCAGCUUGGCUUGGCGGUUAUCUUUCACAGGAUCAGAAGAGAAACAUCAUCACCGAGGUUACAGGCUAUGUUAACCAGCUUCGGAGUGUGGAACCACCACGUAAAGGGAUCGUUGGUUCAGUGGAUCUUGAAGCAUGUCUUGACCAUCGUGUUGGGUCGUCUACGUGUGGUCCAUUUAAUGAACAUGCAGAAUUCCACUCUUUGCUUCGGAGCCUAUCGAGAACUGCACGCAAGUAUUUGGCGAAGAAGUCACUGAUUGUCACUCCCGUCAUUGUCGAAGUUGCUUUACUCACGCUGACCUCUGUCCCCGAAACAGUUAAUCUUGGUCACUACGACGUCUAA